GUGGUACGAGCAGCAUAUCAUCGAACCCACGCUGACAUCACUCGAAGAGUUCCAGGAACGCGACAGCGGGUGGGCAUUGUCGCGAAUCCUCAAUUUGAUAGUGAAUGUGAACAAACUAAAUCCCAUGCGCGCGGGAUGUUACUUCGAGGUGCCGCGGGAAAUAGCGACGAAACGAGCGGUGAUCAACGUUAGUACGAUGGACAAUGCGUGCUUCGCGUGGUCGGUGGUCGCCGCUCUGUACCCGGUUGAAAGAAAUGUAACUCGAGAGUCAUCGUAUCCGCAUUAUACGACGGUGCUGAAUCUCGCGGGUAUCGAAUUUCCGAUUACGCUCAAAGACAUUCCGAAAUUCGAACGGUUGAACGCGGUGUCGAUCAAUGUAUACGGCAUCGAUAAUAAGCAAGUUCUUCCUCUGCGGCUCACCAGUGACAAGAAGGACAAGCACGUCAAUCUCCUGUACAUGCAGGAUCCGCGCGACGACGGUGUAGGCCACUUUGCGUGGAUCAAGAACCUGUCGCGUCUCGUGAGAUCACAAAUUACCAGGAAAAAGAACAAGAAAUAUUUCUGCGAUCGAUGCUUGCAUUACUUCAGCACGAAUGAGAAAUUGCAGUCGCACACAACGGACUGCCGGGAGAUCAACGAUUGCGCUAUUCGGCUGCCGAGCGAGGACGAAAAGUGGCUCGAAUUUGGGAACCACCGCAACAAGGAGCGCGUCCCAUUCGUCGUCUACGCCGAUCUGGAGUGCGUUUUACGGAAGACGGAACCCGACAGGGAAGGUGCGUCGUCGUACGCGUAUCAACGGCACGAGGUAUUCAGCAUAGGCUACUACGUGCGUUGCUCGUACGACGACGCGUUAUCGUCGUAUCAGUUCCGUCGCGACAAAGAUUGUAUAGCGUGGUUCGCGCGACAACUCAACGAUUUGGCGCAUCGCGUGAAAAAUAUCGUAUCCGCCAACGUGCCCAUGGAAACGUUGUCGAAAGAACAAUGGGAGGCGUACCGUAGCGCGACGCGUUGUCACAUUUGCGAGAAACCGUUCGCGUCGGACGACACGCGGGUACGCGAUCAUUGCCACUUAACCGGUAGAUACCGCGGUCCUGCGCAUUCAAACUGUAACUUAAAUUAUAAAAAUUCAUUAUAUAUUCCGAUCGUUUUCCACAAUUUAUCGGGCUACGACGCGCAUUUUAUAAUUAAGGAAAUCGCUACAGCAUAUGAAGGACACGUAGAUGUAUUACCGAUAACCAAAGAAAAAUACAUCUCCUUCACGAAACAUGUCGAUAGCACUAAAGAUAAAACUAAAAAUAACUCUCAAAGAAAUUGCGUAAAAUUAAGAUUUAUUGAUUCUUUCAAAUUUCUCAGUACAAGUCUCGAUAAAUUAGCGUCGUAUCUCGAUAGAGACAAAUUAAAAAUUAUACGUUCAAAAUUUCCAACAUUAUCGGACGAAGAAUUUGAAUUACUGACUCGUAAAGGUGUCUUUCCGUACGAGUACGUUGACUGUGCCGAAAAAUUGCGGGACACGCUCUUACCACCGCGCGAAUCUUUUUACAGUUCGUUAACGGGCGAUACCGUAUCCGAGAGCGACUACGCUCACGCGGUGAACGUAUGGCAGCGAUUUUCCAUCCGAACGCUCGGCGAGUACAGCGAUCUGUACUUGAAAACCGAUGUCUUGUUAUUAGCCGACAUUUUCGAAAAUUUCCGCGAAAGUUGCGUCGCGAGUUACGGUCUCGAUCCAGCGCAUUAUUACACCUUGCCUGGUUUCACGUGGGACGCGAUGUUGAAACAUACGCGUGUAAAGUUUGAGUUGCUCACUGAUAUUGACAUGAUCAUGUUCAUCGAGCGCGGUAUACGCGGUGGUCUCAGUCAAUGUUCAGGCAGAUACGCGCAGGCUAAUAACAAGUACAUGCGUUCGUACGAUCCGUCGGAACCGUCGUCGUACUUGAUGUACUACGACGUUAACAAUUUAUACGGAUGGGCGAUGUGUCAAUCAUUGCCAUACGCCAAAUUUCAAUGGGUCGAAGACGCUGCGAACUUUGACGCGAGCGCGAUCGCUCCGGAUUCGCCCACCGGUUACAUUCUCGAAGUCGAUCUCGAGUAUCCGCAGCAUGUACACGACCGACACACCGACCUACCGUUCUGUCCGACGCGCGAUAAGCCGCCCGGCAAGCGCGAACUUAAACUUUUAGCGACGCUGUACGAUAAACAGCGUUACGUCAUCCACUACCGCAACCUGCAGCAAUGUACUCGUCACGGUCUUCGCAACGCGCGCGAAAAAUGA